AUGAAUAGCGCUCAAAAUAUGAAUCCAGCCAUUGGGUUCAAUGCCACUCUCACGUUUAUCACCUACCCUAACAAAGGUGGCAAAGUUCCAGCUUCUAAAAAUCCAAACAGAUUACCCUUUGAUUUGAUGCACAAAAAGAAAAAUUGUAUGAUCAAGAUCAAAAACACGGAGUACGUGGACGGCGAUCCUCAGAAGCAAUAUAGAAAUCUAAGAGAUGGAAGACCCAUUCAAGAACGCCUAGCUAAGCAGCUUCACCAAGAGGCAGGGGUACCAGUGGGUCCCUGUGGCUAUGAGGAACUAGAAAAAUUUCAAACGUUUCUAGGACCCCAAGGCUACAAAAUCAUCGUGGUUGAUUACGUAUCUUGUGCCUGUAUUUUUCAAGGUAAUGUGGAUCAGUACAGCAAAGUCAUCUACUUGCUUAAACACGAGAAUCACUACAAUGGUUUAAGAAGCAUUAUUGCCUUUUUGAAUCGGUCCUACUUCUGCCCUGAUUGCUGUAAAGGGUACGAUGUAGACGACGCAGCAAACCAUUCUUGUAGAGGUCGUAAUUGCACUAGUUGUCAGCGCACACGUUCUCAGAAAAAUAAAGAAGGCUGCCCAAAUUUUUCCCCAUUUCCCAACGUACCAUUCACUGCAAAGACUGCCAGCGUGAUUUCUAUGGUCCAUACUGUUUCAAAGCCCAUAAAGAACCAAAAGGUAAGAAAAAAGUCAGUCUUUGUCAGAACCUAA